AUGCCUCGGCCGAGCCGGGAAUCAUACGGUGAUCAAAAACCGCCAUAUUCGUAUAUUUCGUUGACAGCGAUGGCGAUAUGGAGCUCACCUGAAAAAAUGUUACCUCUAUCGGACAUAUACCGGUUCAUAACCGAAAGGUUUCCGUACUACAGACGAAACACCCAGAGGUGGCAAAACUCGUUAAGACAUAAUUUAUCAUUCAAUGACUGUUUUAUAAAAAUUCCAAGGCGACCGGACAGACCCGGCAAGGGAGCCUAUUGGGCUUUGCAUCCGAACGCACUCGACAUGUUCGAAAAUGGAAGCUUUCUGAGAAGGAGAAAACGUUUUAAACUUCCAAAAUUUGAAAAAGAAGCAAUUGAAAGUGUCAUAAACGGUCUUCCCCUGCCCCAAACUUCCCGGAGCAACGUUCCUGUAUCGGCGGUUUCGAAUUCGAGAAUCAACUCGUCGAAAUCUUUCAGCAUCGAUAGCAUAAUACACGGUUCUGAAAAGAUGUCACCCCCGAAAAAUAUCAAUGCUCCCGUCGUUCCUCAACCAUUGGUCGCACGCGGUAACGGUUCCUUGUAUCCUCCGGAAAGAGUCAGUUAUUCUCCGACCGGAUUGCCACCGAACGCCGGUUGUUUUCACCAUCCGCCCGUGUGUUUGCCUCCCGAACCGCCUAACCCAUUGUUUAAUUUGCCCACCGGUCCCGGUUAUUUGGUUCAUCCCGCAGCCGCUGCCAUAUAUGCCGCCGCAUUGGCAACGGCAGGACUUUUUAUGCCUCCCUUUAACAAUAACCACCAAACGAAUAAAAACAUUUUAGACGAAAAUUCAGUGAACGAAUCUCGGAAAAACGACGAUGGUGGAAAUAUAAUAAAACCUCAUCCCCUAUUACCACCCGGAUCUUUCAACGGUCUACCAUCGCAAUUUGCUCUUGGAGCUUUACACGACUCAUUUUCUAGAAUGCAAAAUUUAGACGUCGAUGAUCAACCGCCACCACCAACACCGAUAGUCGACGUCGUCGAUAGUUCAUCGAAUUCUUCUGACGUUUUUCAAAGGGAUGAUUAUCCGCCUAAAAACGAUCCUAAUUGUAAGUAA